CAAACGCCAAACACUUUACGAUGCAUUCAUAAUACGAAUGAAUCGAUUGAUUGGCAGAAAAGAUGUAUUCAAAUGGAGUUAUCGUUACAGCAAUUGGCCUCACAUUCAAACAAAAUCAGACAAAUCUUUGUCCACAAGAUUGCAGACCUGGAGGACCGCCUGAAGGACGCCCUCAAGAGGGCUGAGGAAUCGGAACUGAAGUACUGCUCAAUCAUUGAAUCGCUUUUAGAUAAAAGUAACACAAAGUCAGACACCGAAGACAUGGAUGAGUCGACCCCCGAAUUGAAUCAAUUAAAACACGCGAUGGAGGAGAAGGAGAAAGUGAUCAGUGAUUUGGAAGUGAAGAUCGAGGAGCAGAAGAAACUGAGACUAAGAGACGCCAAACAAGUGGAGGAAAAGGCGGCCAAAAUCAAGGAAUGGGUGGCCAUUAAGCUGAAGGAACUGGAGAUUCAGAACCAGUGUCUUCGGGACCAGAACCGCAAAUGCAACGAAGAGUUGCAGUGUUUUAAACAACACUUACAUACCGCCAGUCCUGAGACCCGACGCAAGAUUGAGUUCGUUAUCAACCAAUACUCCGAUCAAAGUUCACUCACUUAUGCCAACAAUCGCUUGUAUGCCUUUCAAAACGUGUCCACAUUUUCCAUGAAAGAAGACAUCCAAGAGCUGGUGGCGAAGAGAGGUCUCAAACUCUCUGAAAGCGAUUCCAAAACACAUUCCGAUUCUUCAGAUGAGGAGGGAUUUAGUCAUUCAUGUAAUCAACGCUUUGGUCGUUCCAUUCGACCCCAAAAACCAAUACCUCCGCCAAGAACUCGAGUUCCUAUUGGAUCUAAUGAUCACAACUCGAGUGCUCACAAUAGUCGCCAAAUGAAUCCGUUGACAUACUUCCCACGCGCCGGUAGUUUAGACCGAAAGUUAGCGGAUAUGAAACGAUUGAAUUUCAAUGAACUCAAGAAAAAGAAGAGUGGGUUUGCGGCCAACGAAUUGCACGACUAUUCAGACAUUUAUACGCCAACGAAGGAGACAAAUACUCUCAAAAAUUUCGACUCCAAUGCCAGGCCUCCCACUCCUCCUUUACAUCGCUGUCCCUCAUGGGAGUCACGUAUAUACCGGAUCGCAAGCACCGGUAUUCCGAGCGCCACUUCCGCUAAUUCGACACCAAAUCAUUCAAUUCGUCUGCUUCUGAAGACACCCAACCAUUCGCAACAAAUCCUUUCGACGAAAACCAUUCUCAAUGAAUAUAAUGUUCCCGUCUUUGCGACUGUGAAGGGAAGGGCAUCCAGGAUACGGUCGGUUCCCUUUACAGACGAUUCCACCGAUUCAUCGGAUAAUGAAACGGAUGUUCGCAUAACCACCACAACCAUUACGACUGGCACUACAUCUUCGAGCGGACACGACAGUGAUUUCUUCGGCACUCCCGCCAGAAGUUUCAAUAGAGAGACAACAGUGGACUCAAAUUUAUCCGAAGAUUAUGCGUUACCUCCCGAUGCUGUUGACACUGUGAUGUCUGCCUCUAUGGACGCCAUUGCUAUAACGGAGGCACCCGAAGAGAUAAGAGCUCCCAAACGGUUCUCAUCUCUGCAAAGACCGACUUCUAUUAGAGAACAGAACCAAAUGAAUGAUUUGGUUGAGAAAAGCGGUUAUUUGACAAAAUUGGGCGGAAGGCUGAAGACAUGGCGCAGGCGUUGGUUUGUUCUCAAGGAUGGAGUUCUGUCUUACUAUAGAUCCCAAAGCGAUGUGAAUAAGAGUAAACCCAGAGCUCAGAUCACUCUCGACAAGUCGUGCAGAAUAACAACGACCGGAGACUCGACUUUUCAGAUAGUAAUCGGAAAUAAUAAGAAAGUCUAUUAUUUGACGGCCGACUCCAUCAUAACUAUUGGAGAAUGGAUUCGAGUUCUUAAUAAUGUUCUCAAACAGAACAGUGUUUUCCAUAUAAGCGAAGACCAAAAGCCCAUUAUUGAAGGCUUUGUCACGAAAGUGAGAUCCGGACACUCCAAGAGGUGUUGGUGCGCUCUCUAUGGCCGACAUCUCGUCUAUUUCAAGUCACCCAACGAUAAGGUUCCGAUCAAUCGAAUUGAUCUGAAGUCAGCCAAAGUAGAAGAAGUUGAGAACCUCUCGGAUUCAGACAAUGAAGACACUGAGCAAAACACUAUGACUUCUUUAAUUGAGACCAAUUCAAGUCGAUAUUCUAAUCACACGAUUGCCAUUCACGCCAAACACUCAUCGGAUCCAAUCUAUUUGUUGUUGUCUUCUAAACAAGAUCUCAAUGAAUGGUUAUAUCACUUAACAGUUGUCGUGACGGGAGAACAUUCCGCUGGAACUCCUUUUGAGCAUUUGGUGUCCCGUUUGAUGAAAGCUGAAAGUGAUUGCAUCGACACAUUAGACGGACAUUCCUUAUGGAAAAAUCCAUUACUUCUCUACACUAAAGACAAUAUCUCUGAGCCGUUGACAACACUUCCAAACGAAUAUCUUAAGAGCGAAGCCAUCAAACUCUUUAAAUCAAUCCAACUGUUCAUAUCAGUGCCAUUGGAUUCGUCGGGCAUCGACUAUCACGUAUCUCUGGUCCAGAACUCUCUUCAGUUAUGUCUAACUAAUCCCGAACUCCAGAGCGAACUCUUUUGCCAAUUAGUAAAGCAAACGUCUCCUCAUUAUUGCCAUAAACUGUGUGGAAGUUCUGGAGUUCAUCAGUUCCUGUUGUGUGCGACACAAACUAUCUUCACGUGCGACACAUCCGGCACUACCAGUGAGAAGACAUCCCCGACAUCUGUAAACGAAACCUUGACGUCACUUAAUGCUUGUUCUUCAGACAAAAGCAAUGCUCUGAACGUCGUAUUCAUCCAAUCGUUUCAAUUGCUUUCUCUCGCGAUUUCCCUCUUUUCUCCUCAAAGCAGAACUCUUUGGCUUUUGAAACAACAUUUGCGGCGAACGAGUGAUACGAAGACAGACGUCGGCAAGUAUGCCAUCUAUUGUCGAAGAGCUUUAGACCGAACCCUUAAGAACGGGUCGCGAGAGUUCGGUCCCUCCAGAAUGGAAGUGCUGUCCAUUCUGUUGCGCAAUCCAUACCAUCACUCUCUCCCGCAUUCAAUUCCAGUCAAUUUCGUGAACCAAACCUAUAAUGUCGUCGGAUUUGAUGGCUCGACGACUAUCGAAGAGUUCUGUCAAUUACUCAACAAAGAGAUCUCUAUUCGAGACAAUAGUCAGUCCGGAUUCGCUCUCUUCAGUGAUGACCCAAUUGACAAAGAAGUCGAACACUUAUUGGAUUGUAAGGCAAAGUUAGCCGAUAUUAUCUGCCGGUGGGAACGGGCUCUUCGGGAGAACCAUUUCGGCCGAUUUGAAAACACAAAAGUCGUUAAAUUGCUUUACAAACAAAGACUGUGUCUCAAGAAUUCCAUGAAAUCUGAGACCGAGAAGGAAAGACUGUUAUCCGUCUUUCAGACCAACAAUGAGAUAGUUUUGGGACGUUUUCCUGUCACUCAAGACCUGGCGCUCGAGUUGUCUGCACUUAUGGCUCAAAUAGAAUUUGGAGAUUUUGUGGCCAUAAGUCGUCCGCAAGUGAUUCUUCAGCAAGUGAUCCAACAGUUCUUUCCCAUUCAUUACAAAGAAGUUAAUUUCGUCAAGAGUUUGAUUGAAUGCAUUCGCGACAAAUGGAUGGAACUUAAAGGCAGACCCCAAACAGAUUGUGUCCGAAUAUAUCUCAACUGUUCCCGAAAGUGGCCUUUUUAUGGGUCCAAACUUUUUGAGGCAAAACUUUCAAAACCAGUCAAAUUCGUGGACUCUUGUAAUACAGUGCCGAUAGUCAUCUCCAGUCACACGAAGCUCUGGAUCGCUGUUUCUGAUGAAUCGAUCGCUUUAUUAGAUUCCGAUUCAUUUCAUUUGAUUACUCGAUAUUCUUAUAAAAAUCUGAUGACAUUUGGCGGAUGUAAACAGGAUUUUAUGCUCGUCUUCACCACAAGGAACGCAUCACUCGAAGCCGAUUCAGGUUCGGGCACCGGGUCUGGCAGUUCUCGCGCCGACAGCAACCGAUCCGAGCGUUUGCUGUUUAUAAUGAAUAAGUCGUCGAUCGUCGAAAUUACUCUAUUGAUCGCCGACUAUAUUAACAGCAAUUCCACUCUCAAUGCGGUCUCAACUCUGGACACAUCACACGAAACACUCGACUCUACUCUCGACAAGUAUUGGACAGGGAGUGGGACUCUGUUCUCGAGGGUGCCCUCACUUAAGCUCUGUUCGACGCCAUCCCACACCAAACUAUAA